GGUAUGAUACGUCCAAAAGAAUACUUUUGGAAGCACCAAUGAUCAAAUGUUAGAUUACCUUCUAAAAAAGGAUUAAAAUCAAAUUUAUUGAAGAAAAAUAUCCGAUCUUUGUGCCCAACGUUUGGUCUGGUAACAUUCAACGAAGAUUCAAAUCAAAGCUGAAAGAGAUUUCAUUGGGGCUGGUUGGGAAUCCAUGAAUUUGUUGUGGAUUCCUGUAUGAUCAUCAGGGAUAGCGAAACCCUAAUUUCAAUCAUCCAAGUUUGAUGGGGAAUAUUUUUGUCAAGAAGCCAAAGGUAACAGAUGUGGAUCGUGCAAUUCUCGCUCUCAAGACCCAGAGACGCAAACUCGCUCAAUAUCAGCAAAAGCUUGAUGCUGUCAUUGAAGCAGAAAAGCAAGCUGCAAGAGACUUGAUUCGUGAAAAGAAGAAGGACAGGGCAUUGUUAGCAUUAAAGAAAAAGAAGGCACAAGAAGAAUUGCUGAAGCAAGUUGAUGCCUGGCUUUUAAAUGUGGAACAACAAUUAGCAGAUAUUGAAUUGACAAGCAAGCAGAAGGCUGUGUUUGAUAGUUUGAAGGCUGGUAAUGAUGCAAUGAAAGCCAUACAGAGUGAGAUAAACAUUGAGGAUGUUCAGAAACUUAUGGAUGAUACUGCUGAAGCUAAAGCUUAUCAAGAUGAAAUCAAUGCAGUACUAGGGGAGCAGCUAUCAGCAGAAGACGAGGAGGAGAUUUUAGCAGAAUUUGAGAAUUUGGAAACUGAGCUUACUGUCCAGGAUCUUCCUGAAGUUCCUACUUCAGUGUCUGAAGAUAUCAACGAGAAAUUAGACCUUCCUGAAGUCCCAAUCCAAGCACCAGGUGAAAAAGUUGUUGAAGCAUCUUCAAAAAGAAAAGUUAUGGAGGAACCACUACCAGCUUGAAGAAACACUGCAAACUUUGAUGUAGCAUAUCCAUGUCUUUGCUUUCUGCCGGCCCUGAACCUCGAACUGGUUGGUAUGUGGAGAUUUUCCAAACCAACAAGUCACAAGGGAAUCAGCAAGCAUAUAUGUCUGCCACUGUGGUUACAAAUUGUAUUUUUUAAAAAAUAUUAUGUUGAGCUCUCAGUUUAUGUGGAUUGCUUUUGUAUUUUUAAAGUUUUUUUCUUUUGUAACUAGAAAUGUUUUAAAAAAUGAUAAUUAGAUAAACUUUAUUUCGGAAAAAAAAAGUGAGAAUCCUCUAUGAGUA